ACGGCACUAACCUAACCUUUAACUUUUGUCACUUUUGUGAAGAAUGUAAACAAUGUGGUGUACUUAUUAUUUGUAAACAAAUAAUAAAAUUUAAUAUAUCUAGUAGAUAUCAGAAUUGUAAAGUCAGUCUGUAAACUCUGUAACGAUGAAAGAAAUCUGCGAUAUUAUGGAAAAAUUUGCUGAUGCCAAAAUAAAUAAAACAUAUUUGAAAGUAUGUGCCCCGAUGGUCAGAUACAGCAAAGUUCAUUUUAGAACUUUAGUAAGAAAUUUUAAUGCAGAUCUAUGUUUCACUCCAAUGAUUUUGGCAGAUUCUUUUUGUCAAAAUUCUAAAGCUAGAGCUAAUGAGUUUAUGACAACAACAACAGACUUUCCUGUGAUAGCCCAAUUUGCGGCUAAUAAUCGAGACGAUUUCGUGGAUGCUUCAAAACUAGUUUAUCCAUAUGUCGACGGGGUGGACUUAAAUUGUGGGUGUCCUCAGAAAUGGGCAAUGAAAGAUGGCUAUGGAUGUUCCUUAUUAUCUAAACCAGAAAUAAUUUAUGACAUUGUAAAAGGACUAAGAAAUGUUUUGCCCAACAAAUUUAGUAUAUCUGUGAAAAUAAGACUUUUGAAUGAUAUAAAAAAAACUGUUAUUUUGUGCCAGCAGCUAGAGAAAUGCGGAGUAACAUUUUUGACAAUACAUGGAAGAACAAUUGCACAAAAAAGCAGUGGUCCUGUAGAUAUAAAUGGAUUAAAAGAGGUCAGAGAGGCCUUAUCUGUCCCAAUGGUAGCAAAUGGUGGUGUCAAGAAUCUUAAUGAUGCCAACCACUUAUAUGAAGUAGUAAAGUGUAGUGGUGUAAUGGCGGCUGGGGGUCUUUUGUCUAAUCCUGCUUUAUUCAGUGGUAUUACAAAAACUCCACUUAGUUGUGUGAAAAUGUGGAUGGAAUUAAAGAAUAAAAACAUUGAAAGAAUAACAUUUCAGUGCUAUCAUCAUCAUUUAGUCUUUAUGUUAGAAAAAGUAUUGACCAAGCAGCAAAAACAAAUUUUCAACCAUUUAAGUACAUUUGAAAGUGUUGAUGAUUUUAUACUGAAUAACUUAUUUGAGAAUUCAAUAGUUGAUUUUCAUUAUAAACAUGAAUUAGGAAACUUUACAGAAUGUCAGUUUCCUGAUCAAAUUACUAUGAAACAUUGUACUAAAUGUAGAACCUGUGGCAAAAGUGUACAUUACUGUGUGUGUAAUAAAUAUGACUAUAGUACUACCCACGGAAACUUUUUUAUCUCGCACAUUAAUGCAGAUGAUGGUCUUGAUUACAUGGACAGUAAUAUAUUUGAUGAACCAAUAUGAAUUUUCAUGACUAUAGUUAUGUUUCCACUAAAUACAUAUUUUGUUACCAA